UGCUUUGCCGGCCGCAGUUUGGUUUACACAGCGCUCGAGUGCGGAUCGGGUUCGGAUACGGUUACGGAUUUCUGUUUCAAUUUACUCGUGAACAUCUUGAACGCAGCCGUUGCCUGGAUCAUUAUUCCCCACGAGCUACAAAAAAAAAAAAUCACAACAAAAAAAAACCAACAAAAAGGUGCCUAAACUUUUGUAACACUUAUUAAGAUCUGCCUGCGGCAAUAGACAUCGAUUUUAACUCUGACUUCGACUUCAACUUCCACUUCAACAACAGACACACGACGCGCUGCAAUCAAUCAAAGAGACGCAUAAAUUUCUUGAAAUCAAAAACGAUCGACAAAAGCUAAUGCCACAUGAUCGUCGAUUACCCCCAUCCAUUUGCUGAUCGAACCUUACCAAAAGUGUGCACAAAUCAAAAUAAAAAAAAAUCAUAAGAAAGAGAAGAAAAAGUUAUUCAGUUAAAAAGUGAGAGUUUUCCACGCUUUUUAGAAAUGCGAGCGAGCGAGCAGCGAGACUGCCAAGCCCUAAAUGGAAAAGUGAAAAACUAUCUCAAAAUUGUGCAAUAAAAAAUAAAAGCAAAUUAAACAAAGGAAUCAACAUAAAAUUGUCGAAACGAAAAAAGAGAGAAAGAAAUUAAUUAAGACUGAAUUUGAGACGAAGUGUUAGUGUUUUGUUUGCGUGAUCGUGCAGUUAUUGCCCCAUAAAUUCGCCCACAAAUAUUUACAGAAGUUUAUUGCACUUGCAAGCGAGUGAAAAUCAAUUAUAAAAAAAGUAAAUACAAAAAAUAAACAAAUAAAAUCUUUCGUUAUAAUUUGAUUGCCAUUAUUAUACGCAGUUAUCGGUCGACUGGUGUUUUACUAACCAUGAAAACGUUGGAAAGUGUGCCAAUCUGAGAAAAUCAUAAACCAAAAGCUGUGUUGUUGUUCAAAAAGCAGCACUGGAAAAGUGCGAAUGCAAGUGCGUGAUCAAGAAAUAUCUGUGGCAAAAAUGCUAACAGUCAGUGAAAAUUAAAUUUGAUAAACCACAAGCCAAAUACAGUUUAUUGUUCUCAUCAAAAGACGAGUGAAACCCAAACUCAUUGCCAUCGUUAAGAGCGUUUGAGAGACAGUCGAAUUAAACUUCUGUGCAACGAACCAAUUACAGCCAUUUAUGGCUGGCAACCUUACAGUUAAUUGAGAGUCUAACAUGCGCCCGGCACGUUACAGAUGAAGCAAGCAACUUUAAUCAGACACAGACACAGAACCGCAGACCCGAAGAUGUGGCCCAAACAGCGUUGGCUAGUCAAGAGAGCAACUGCUGCGAUACCAGCGAGGAGCACACACCAAAUACUAGAAGUAUUACUAGCCUUAAUCUUAGUCAAUGGCCUUGCCUCAGCGACAGCAGCGCUUAUCACACCACCGGAUAGCAUCAGCAGCAGCAGCAGCAACAACAACUUCGAGUAUGAUUCGUUAUCCUCAAAUGAGGAUGACGACAGUCCGUCGUCCUUGCCCAGUUUCUAUCGCAGUCCGCAUCGCCUUGAUGGCUACUAUACGCCAGCGGAUCUGCAACGUAGCCACAACUACAAGAUUAGCCCAAAGCCGUGCUCCUUUGGUCGCGUCGAGGGCACCUGCAUGUUUGUCUGGGAGUGCAUCAAGUCCGAGGGCCAGCACGUGGGCAUGUGCGUUGACUCGUUCAUGUUCGGCUCCUGUUGUGCCCACAACUACACGGACAACAUUGUGCUGCCCCAGACCGCCUUCUCGUACACUCGACCCACUAAACCGUUGUCGCUGAGGCCGCGACCGCCACCUCAACCCCACAAGCCGCUGAUCAGCGGAAUGACAACCAUAGAACGUCCCCAUGGUGCUGGAACCUUGGUAAUUCGUCCAUCGGGUCCUCAUCAUCAGGGCCCACUGUCCAGGCCACAUCCAAAGCCAACGUCGCCGCCGGAUCUGCACAGUGCGGCUAGUCAGGCGACGGCCAGUUCCAAUAGUAUUUGGCAUACAUCAACGAACCAGCAGCAGGCACAACAUCAUCACUGGCACAUGACCACCGAGCCAAGUUUUAUUACCAAGCCACGACCCACCGGCUGGACCAAGCCCGGCAUCGUCAAUUUGCCAGCACCUCAGCGCCCCUCGAAGCCGCCAAAGCCCACAAAGAAGCCGAUUGUAUACGAGCGGCCACCGCCACCGUCACCUCAAACUCCAACGCCGGCGACGUCGUCAACGACAAUGAUUCUGUUUGGCCAGACAAAACCAAAACCCAAACCCAAACCGACCAGGCCUCAGCUGUCGCCGGCCACAUCAUUAGCCGCAUCGUCCUCAUCAGCAUUGCCAGCAACAUCAGCAGCAACAACAACAACGAAGGGCUCAACGACCACAACAACAACAACAACAACGAGGAGAACGACAACUACAACGACAACGACCACAAGAAAACCCAUAAAGCCCUACCAACGACCCACCACAGUGGGCACAACAACAACAAUGAGUACGACAACAACUACAGGAGCAGCUGCAUCGGCAGGAACAACAUCAACCGGGAGACCAAGUCCAAAUCCAAGCCAGAGACCAACGGCACAGCUGCCCACACGCCUGCCAGCCACGUCGGGCAUUGAAUCCAAUGAGAUAACGGACUCCUCCACACAUGAUGAAGCCGGCAAUGCGGCGACAAUGCUGGGCACCGUGAGGACCAUUUCGGCAGCACGAAGCGAGUGCGGAGUGCAGAUGCUGACGCGUCCAGAGACGCGCAUUGUGGGCGGCAAGAGUGCAGCCUUCGGUCGUUGGCCCUGGCAGGUGUCUGUGCGACGCAUCUCGUUCUUUGGUUUAUCCAGCACCCAUCGCUGCGGUGGCGCUUUGAUCAACGAGAACUGGAUAGCCACGGCGGGGCACUGUGUGGAAGACUUAGUUAUCAAACAGAUACGCAUACGCGUGGGCGAAUAUGAUUUCUCGCAUGUGCAGGAGCAGCUGCCAUACAUUGAGUGUGGCGUGGCCGAAAGGGUGGUGCAUCCCAAGUACAACUUCAAUUCGUACGAAUACGAUUUGGCAGUGGUGAAGCUGGAGCAGCCGCUGGAAUUUGCACCGCAUAUCAGUCCCAUUUGUUUGCCCGAAACGGAUAGUUUGCUGAUUGGCAUGAAUGCCACUGUCACUGGCUGGGGUCGUCUCAGCGAGGGCGGCACACUGCCCUCAGUGCUGCAGGAGGUGUCCGUUCCAAUUGUGAGUAACGACAAAUGCCAUUCGAUGUUUUUGCGCGCUGGUCGUCAGGAAUUCAUACCGGACAUUUUCCUAUGUGCUGGCCAUGAAACUGGCGGCCAGGAUUCCUGUCAAGGCGACUCUGGUGGUCCACUUCAGGCCAAGGCGCAGGAUGGUCGCUUCUUUCUCGCCGGGAUUAUUUCGUGGGGUAUUGGCUGUGCCGAGGCCAAUUUGCCGGGUGUCUGCACGCGCAUCUCGAAGUUUGUACCCUGGAUACUGGAGCAUGUCAGAUGAUAAUCGACAGAAUGAAUGGCUCCUCCACUCUUGUUAUUGUUUUAAUUUAUUAGUUAUAUCUUUAAGUUUGUGUGAUUUUAUUUUAAACGAAUCUUAAGCGUAGUUAGCUUCAAUUAAUAACAAUUUGCAUUGACAUUGGAUUUGUGCUCAACUCCCAUAACGUACAUAUAGUCAAGACUCCCCCAAUAAGUUAGUCUAGCGAAAAUUCUUUGUAGGCUGAUCUUAAGUUCUUUCUAUCGGAUUCGAAUCGUUUUAAAUGAUAUAAGAAGAGUAGCAUCGAUAUAUCUGUAUAUAGACUUAGUAAACGUAGCAAAAGUCAUUUUUAUUGUGCAGUUGUUGGUAUUGUAGUUUAGGCAUAUUUAACAAUUAAUUACAACUUAUAUAAUUUAUAAACAAAUUGCAUACAAACAUCAUUAUGUUGUAUCUUGCCCAAAGAACAAGUUUAUUUAUAAAGAUGAGCUCAAAUAAAUUUAUUACGAAAAUAAAAAAAAUUAAGACGAAAUCGUUUUAGGGGACAAGCGAAAUCAAGAGAUAAUUAAAAAGUCUAUUAUCUUGAAGUCACAUCUAUGAAGCAACCAUAAAUUUAAGAAAGAAGAUUAAUGUGAUCAAUGAAUUUCAAGAGCACGAAAAGAUGGGAAAGAAAAUGAGAUUUCAUAGUAGAUUGGCGCAUAUUAUUAAUAUUAAUAAUACUGCAUAAGCAACAAUGCUGAGCUGAAUUUUGAAUUUAAGGAAAAUGAAAGUAAGUAUAAGUAGGAGAAAAGUUUUGUAAUAAAUUACAAAUAUUCUAAUUCGAAGAUAAUUUUUGCGUAAGUAAAAGUUAAUCAAAUUUACUUACUGAUUAAGCUGCCCUCGCUGCGUUUGUGAGAGAUGAAUAGAGACAACGUCAAUUAUGCAUUAUCAUUAUUACAAUCUUCAGCUGAAUCUCGCGUGAAUUGAACUCGCAGCCAAGUCGUCUUCAGCUUCCAUGUCAAGUGCGUAAAUGAUGUACAACAAUUGCAGCUAACGGCAGCGGCAAUUUCGAUUCGAUUCGUUUCGAUUCAUUCAUUAACUUUUCAGUCAGCAACCAUGUUCGCCGCAGGCCAUUGGAAUGAUUGGCACAAUCGAUUUGCCGACAGAGAUGUGUCUGCGGCCGAUUGUGGUACGUGAAGAUAAGAUGUUCCCAUCGAGUUGCGAAUUUCACUUUUCAUCAUUGACAUUUGACACCAGUGGAACAAUUAAUCACGAAGCCAACAAAAGCUACCAAAUUGUUUGCCAAAUUGCUAUGAAAGAUUCUGAUUUGUCGUUUUCACUUUUGAUACGCGACUAGACUUUUAUUGCAGGCAACAAAAGAGAGCCCUCCAAAUACAUAAUACAGAGUUUGUGUAGCUCUAUGCGAAAGUAGUAUAUAUAAAGAUCAGGAAUAACAUAGAAAUUGUAGCACUGUCAACGGCCGUUUCAGUCGUGUAUCCUCGUUUUUCACAUUUUCGUUCGUAUAUCGCUUACUUCUUCUUGGGGAAGAGUGAUUCUUUAGCCUCAUCGACAAGAUCCAGCGCCAAAUACUUCAGAUCCUGCAGGGAUGUGGGGAAGUUCUUGAUGGGCUCAAUGGGAACCUCCUCUCCUGGCUUCACGCCCUUGAUGAAAUUGUAGGCUACCGCGAAUAUCUUGCGGCCCUCGAACAAGACAAUGCGCGCAUUUUCCUCAGCCUGUCGUGGAUAGCACAAGGAGGCGACAGUACCGGCACCAAUGGUCGUAUACACAAUCUUCUUGAAGACGCCGCCACGUGCUGCGAAGAUGAAACCCGCCAAGCCGCCCAUGACAAUAGCACCGCUGCGAUGCAUCGAGUUCUGUGGCUCGUUCAGGAAGUCUAUGGAACGCUGUGUGUGAUCCUUAGCCGUCUGGUAAUAGUCCGAGACCACCGAUGUGCGUUCCGCAACCAUGUUAUAGCCGCUCUUCAGCUCCAAGCGCACUGUGCGCACACCGCUUUCCAGAUUCGUGUAAAGCGCAUUUUUUGACUGGGCUCGCUCUGAAUGGCUUUUGGGCCUGGGGGAUGAUUGAUAUAGAGAUCCAUAUGUAGGCAUAAAUGAUUGGCACUCACUUUGAUGGCCGCAAGCUACCGUACACGGGCAGAUCACUGGGUUUGCACACCAAGGGAUCAGUUGUCGGUGUGCUUUGUGGUGUUGCGGCGCCGACUGCGACGGCAGCAGCAAUCAUUGAUGAUGUGCGUAGCAUUCUUAAUCUGUUGCUACUGGCUACUCGUUAAGCACUAACGUCGUGAAGUGUCUGCAAAUUUAUCGGUUUUGGUUAAUGAUUAGAAUUU